AUGAAUGUUACCGAGAACCUAGACGCGGACCCUGUCCCAGAACUUCUCCGAUACUGCCAAGAGCGACAAGUCUAUAUCAACCCUAAGAUAUGUCCGAAACGAGUCGAAGGCCGUGGGCUUGGCGUCUAUGCUACUGGCCGCCUCAUCAAGGGCGAGAGACUGAUCCACGUGCCAACUGCGACUCUCUUCACCACGCGACGUGUCCCAAAUAGCUUCGCCAACGCUCAUGCCCGCAAGAGCAUUCCCGUUCAUGCUCUUCUCGCGGCUUAUUUCGCAUUCGGGGACGAUGAACAGCACCGGAGCCUAGCGCCAUGGAUGGCUACCUGGCCGAAACUGUCGGAUUUCACAGCCAGCAUGCCAAUGACCUGGAAUCCAUUGUCCCGUACUGGUGUUGGGAAUCUUUCCUCGCAAAAACUCGACUCUGAAGCACCGCCUUCUGAAAGUAGUGGUUUUAGUCCUAUUCCACCGCCACUAAUAGGCAGCUAUCUCUCUUUUAACGACUCCACGAUGGACGGUUGUGGGUCAACCACGCUAGUCUCGGCCCAAUUGUCCAAAUUUCGAGCACACGUAAGCUCACUCAAACCAAUCUUGGAUUCUGAGGUCUACCAUCAGCUGCAAGAUCCCUAUUCGCCAAGUCGCUAUCGCUUCAUUCACGCUUGGUUGUGUGUCAACACGCGAUGCUUCUCCUACACUACACCAGGAACGAAGCGGCCUUCGGAUCCGAACGAAGCAAUGGCUCUGUGCCCUGGAAUGGAUCUCUUCAAUCAUGCCGCAACACCAAGCGUCAAGACCAAGUAUGAUAGGAGUGGCUAUUUCACGGUAGCAGAUCGCGCACAUGAAGUUGGCGAGGAGAUCCUGUUCAACUACGGUCACCACGUUAAUGAUGUCUUGUGGACAGAAUACGGGUUUCUGCUCGAUGAGCUUUCUUACGAUGCGAUCAGGAUUGACAAACUUGUCCUUGCCGGGCUUGACGAGAAGCAGAGGGGGCUCUUGGAGCAUCACGGCUACCUGAAUGACUACUGGUUGACUAAGGAUGGUGUUUGCUGGCGAACUGAAGUUGUUGGCUGGCUGUCAGUGCUGAGUCAGAAUCAGUGGGAAAGCAUGCUUGAAGGCAACUACGAUCCCGAAGCAGAUGAGACCAUAGGCAAACACCAAGUCAGCGAGAAGAAGAUCCUCAAGAGAAAGAGGCAAGGUUUGGUCGCGGCGCACAGGCUAAUUUGUGCGAGCUGGAUUGCAAGAGUGGAGAAAGACGCUCGAGUAUCUUUGAAAGGCCUGUCUACAAUGUCUAUGGCCGAGGUGCUGCAGAUCUUGGGUGACAGCGACUCUGCCAUCCGAAACCAGCGUUCUCACGAUGUGCACGAUCUUAGCGAUGCUGAAGUCCAGGAGAUCAAGACAAAGGAAGCCCGAGAGCGGCACGCCAUGUGCGUAAAGCGGUGGACACAGCUUCUCGAGCUCGGCACUCGGGCGAGAGAGGCCACCGAGACAGUCAAGUGA